ACUUUUCUUUCGUUUCCGUGUCUCUCUCUCCUUCUGCUCGGUGCUCCUGCUCGUCGCUCAACCACCUCCAUUUUUUUUUCUCAUCCGCUUCACCAAUCAAUCUGAUCUCGCCAUCCAUCGUCACAACUCAUCGAUGCAGACUGCAAAGCACAUGAUCGUCGGGCUUGGCAAUCCGGGCGCGCAGUACGCAGGGACGCGGCACAAUGCAGGCGAGCUGUUUGUCAACCACCUGGCAAUGCUGGCCGGCGUCCGCUUUGCCAAGAUUGGGCAGGCGGGCGAGGCAGCCACCAUUCCGUCGCUCCUCGAGCUCAUCCAGAUUGCUGGCGUCAGGAUCCCCGCGCCGCCUCGGGUCAACAAGCAGCCUCGUCUUGCACCGCUGCUCGUCAAGACCGCUGCUGCUGCAGGCGAUGCAGUCCACAGCCCCGCUGGUUUGCAACCGACUUCCCCCCUUGCUUCACCACCAGUCACCCCACCGGUCUCUCCGCCAGCACUCGCGGAUGUUGCGGUUGUCUUGUUCAAGCCAUCUUCAUUUAUGAACGAAUGCGGAGGCAAUGUCGCAUCUGCAGCCAAGCACUUUGCCAUCAAGCCACAUCAAAUGCUGCUUGCGCACGAUUGUCUAGAGCUGAAUCUUGCCGAAUUCAAACUCAAGGCUGGUGGCAGCGCAAAGGGGCACAACGGCGUGCGGUCGAUCGGGCAGCGUGUUUCGCUCGAGAUUCCACGACUUCGCAUCGGGAUUGGUCGUCCCAGCGGAGGCGAUGUGGGUGACUUUGUGUUGAAGAAGUUUCGCUCUGACGAGCUGGCACGGCUGAAUGACGGGUGGGGAGAAGCCACCACACUCGCGCUCCUCCAGCUUUUGCCCAAAGCACCAACCGCCGCGUAACUGCCCUCUCAAUUCUCGUUAAAACAUUCUGUUAAAUGAUUGCUAAUUCUUGAUAUUCCAUGAUAAACUAUUU